AACCCAAUUUAAUUUCCACAGAUAACGUAGAUAGAUGGUGUGUUGAGGAAGGAGAGUGAUCAGUGAGAAAAAUGGAGGGAAAAGGUACAGGAACCGCCACAGGCUGUUACAAGUGCGGCAGACCAGGUCACUGGUCACGAGACUGUCCUUUCUCUGCUCCCAAUUCCAAUCCAAACCCUAACGCCUCCACCAAGCCCACUUCCGAUCCUACUUCAUCUUCUUUCAAGCCCAGAUCCGCCGCCGAAAAACCCAAGAAACUUCCCCGAACAAGGCCCAAACUAACACCGGAGAUGCUUCUCUCCGACGACGGCCUCGGUUACGUCCUUCGCUAUUUCCCUCGCCAGUUCAAAUACCGUGGUCGCGGCCACGAGGUUCGUGACUUGGGUAAUCUGCUUCAGUUGUACACUGAAUGGCACUCUCACUUGCUUCCUUAUUACUCUUUCAAUGAGUUUAUUCAUAAAGUGGAGAAAGUUGCCGCUACCAGGCGUGUCAAGACUACCCUUUUAGAAUUGAGAGAAAGAGUUGCAAAUGGUGGAGAUCCAACAAAACUGCGCGAACCACCAGUUGUGGAUGACAUUUCAAUUGAUGAACAGGGAUUUGCUGGAUCUGCUGAAGAUGGGGGUGCAACUCAUCAAGAGACAGAUGUGUUUGCAGAUUCUGUGAAUGUUACUGACAUUCAGGAAGAAAUGCUUAAUGAUAUAUAUGAUAGGGCUACCGAACAACCUUCUCAGUCAACGGACAAUGUGAUUGGCAUCAGCAUGGCUUCAGAAAGUAACUCAACCGAAAAGACAGCAGAGAAAGUCCAAAAUAAUGGAACAGGCCAGUCGGGCAAAGCCGAGAUAACAGAAGAGCAGAGAGCUCGUAUGGAAGCAAAUAGGUUAAAGGCACUUCAAAGGCGUGCUGCUCGAGCUGCCUCAUCACAGGCCCCCUAACUUUGAUCUCAGUUGUAAAUGAAAACAUUAUUUUUCGUUGUUUCGCAUCCGGUUCAGUUGGCCUUAAGUCCCCCAUUAAAUGGUUUAUUGUUUUUGGUUUGGUGACUGUUUAUGAGCUGCUUAAAGGCUUGUGAUCACGAUUUUCCAUAGCAGUAAAUGGAUUCCUGUCGAUAUAGCUUAAUGUUUCAGUUCUAAGCUGCGAACUUGUUUUAUUUGUAUAUGUUUAGGCCACUUUAUAUUGGUAGUGUUAAUCACUUCGAAGACAAGCAGAGUUGCCUUCAUGUACACUGUAGAAAUAUGCGAAGUAGAGACUUGGAACCGUGUAGACAGUAGAUAUCAACAUGCCAUAACAUUAUUUGAGUGAGUGAUAAA